AUCGAUCUAAAAAAAUCGGUUUUGUUUUUGCUUGAAUAAUCGAUACAUCGAUUUCAGAUCGGCAUCCCUAUUCCCUAUUACAAAUCCAAACAGUAAACAGACAUGUCCAAAACAAUUUAACCAAGAACGUAUUAUAUAAAUGGUCAAUAAUUUUGUAAAAUCUUUAUUUAGUUUGUGUUUUGCCCGUAACUGGGUUACCAAAAACACGUAAUUGUGUAAAGUUCGCGUUUCCUCCUAAAUUCUCCUUGUGUUUACUUACCAUUUUUGUUUGUGUUGUACUGGUGGUGGUAAAUUGGUGAUUGGUAUAUACUCAGCAACUUCCUAAAAAAUGUCAAGGGAGAAGAUGAAAUCUGGCAAGCAGCUGCAAAAGAAAAGUAAAAUGGGGUAUCAUCCUAAAAAGGCUCGUCCCGAAGAUGAUAUUUCAAAAUCAAAGAAACUUGUGACAAAAUUACAGACUUCUCGGCGUAAUAAACCUCAUUCAUCCAGUCAGUCAAAUAACAAUAGUGGAAGAUUAUCUGGAAAUGGAAGGCCAAUGCCUCCUUUAUCAGAUCUUGAAAAAAUGUUUGAAGACUCUGAUGAUGAAGAUCAACCUAAAAUUGUUACCCCCCAAAAAAGCCAAUCACCUGUAAGUUCUUCAAUUAUAACUACAAAAAAAUUAACAUCGCCAAAGACAAUAAAAAAAAUUGCUGACAAAAUGAUGGUCAUGAUUUCAAAUCUACCACAUUCUACUUUUAAUAUUGAAAAUGGUUUGACGCCGAAUGAACCGGGUAAAAAACUAAAAUCAUCUCAAAUAUCUUCAAUUAUUGAUUGUGAAGAGCCUACACAGAAAUCAUCAAAAAAACCAAGAAAAAAAGCUGAUCCUCAGAUAUGGGAAAAGGACAAUGAGAGAUCUGAUUUCAGUGAUGGCAGUUUAGAUAGCAAUAAGACCAUUGAAUAUGAUUUUAAUAAAACUUAUGACAGGCCACAAUUAUUUUCGCCCUUGCCAAGCACAUCAAGGGAUAGUGAUACCAUAAAUAUAAACGAUCAACUUUUUAAUGACAGUUUAUUCAGUGAUACUAGUACAAACAGAAAUCAAUCAAAUAUUAACAAAAAAAACACAAUACUCAAUCAGACAAAUGAUGAUGUCAAAAUUAUUGAAAACCCUUGUGAAGUUAUUGUGAUUGGGGAUGACAUUGAAACAAGUAGGCCAGUUCAAAAAAGAAAAAGAAAUGAGGAAAGUGAAAUAAUAGAGUGUAUAGAAAUAGUUGACUCUGGGGUUAACAGGGAAAGUAUUAAAAUAAGAAAUGGAGAAAAAAUAAUUAUUGGUGAUUCUUCUAAAAUUAAUUACAAUCCAGUCCAGAGUGAACAAAUAACAGAGGUUAUAGAUGUUGAGGACUUAAUAGCACAGAACAAAGCUAUUAUUGAAAAGUUUUCAAAAGAACCUGAUAAUUAUAUCAAUACUGUUACUUGUGUUGAUUCUUCUAAUAUCUCUCUUUUAAAUAAUGAUCCCACUUGUACAGAACCUGCACAUGAGUCAUCUGUACCUAGAAUUACAGAAAAAUUUAAAACAACUAAUGAACAAAAUGGUUCAUCUUUUAAAAUUGGGGAUAUUGUUGCCGAUUUCUUUAAAAGAAGACCUAAUUUAGAAUCAUUUGAAGUUACAAACCCUGAGUGUUCUGAACAAUUAAGAUGGAAGGAAAGUAUUGAUGUGUUGAAAAGUUUGAGUUAUAGUCAUCUAUCUAGUUCUCCAGGUGAAAAUUUUAUUUUAAUUGAUGAUUUACCAUUAUCCACUACAAAUAUUUGUAGUAGACCAGCAGUAACAAGAACUUCACAUCCCUUCUUUAGCAAUCUGAAAACACAUUCCACUAGCUGUAAAAACGAUAAAAGUAAACAUAAUAGAGACAUGUGUGAUAAAAAUCAUCACCAUCAUACCACCAGUGAGCAUCAUAAUUUAUUUCCAAAUGAAAAUCUUCAGCAUCCAAAUAGCAAGGAUUAUGAUUGCCCUAGAUGCAUGCAUGGCAUAAGUGCACAUCAUUCAACCAGUGAACAUCAUUUUUAUUUUCCAACUAAUUCAAGGUCUAAUAGCACUAAUCAUAAAAGUAUUCAGCAGUCAAAUUAUAGCAGAAAUGAAGAACGAAAAUCACCAGCUUCAAAACGACUAAAAACUAGAACAGCAGCUGCAGCCUCACCUAAUAGAACGCCUGUGAAAAAUUAUGGCGACUGUCCUAUUUGCAUGGACAGUUUGGCAAAUAAAACUAUGGCAUCUACAAUAUGUGGCCAUGUGUUUUGUUUAAAAUGUAUAGAAUCUGCACUGAAAACAGGUGGAAGAAAGUGUCCUACUUGUAGAAAAGUUUUGAAAAAAGGUGGGUACCACCAAUUAUUUUUGUAAAGUUACCAUUUAUUAUUUAAUAAUUUGUUAUUCUGCCAUCCAAUUUAUUAACUAUAGAUACUUCUUUAUUCCAUUUACAAGUUUUAAGCAACAUUCUUACAUUCCUGGGGUCUUUAUUCAUGAUAGAACAUAAUGUCUUAUCUUCCCCCUCUCUUAUUUUAGAUAUAAGGUGUAAAAGAGAGACUAAGGGAUAGGCUUAUAUACAUGGGAUUCCUCUUUUAGGUGAUGGGAUAGUUGAUGAGAUUCAAAUAGUGACAAGUUAGCAACUUGUCACUAUUUGAAUCUCAAUUCUAUCAUUAAGCCAAACAGCUGAACAUGGUCUUUCAGUCUUUUGAUGACUGUUGGCUCUGCCUACCCUGCAGGGAAAAGACAAGAUUAUAUGUUAGGUUUAUGUUAUGUAAAAGAGAGAACAUAUUGUGGCGACAUCUCUACGCCACAAGUCACAACAGCUAAUCACGCGAGGCUAUAUGCCAAUAACAGCGAAGAGUCUAAAUAUUUACAACUUCUUCCCUUUGUGACGGUCAAGCCCGAAACAUCGCUCCUGCUACAAUAUUAUAGUAUAAUAUGUUCUUUCAUAAACAUAAAAUCAAACAAAGCUAACUCAACCAACAAAGUUCAACUUAAGUGAUUAGGAUGGCCAGUCAAGUCGGUCAGUUACAUUCUCACCUCUGGAAGGAGUCUGGUUUUUAUAUGAAGUGACUCAUCUGACCUUUUCAAGGAAACCUAAGCCAUAUUGGAUCAUGGUAAAACCUGCACUAGAAGAAUGAGCCUAUUUAUUUAGUCUCCUUUUACAACAUUAAUGGGAACGAGACUGAGUGGCCCUAAUCUAAACCACAAUGCAUUUAUAUAUAAAACACUCAUGUCACAAUGUUUGUUCCCAUAUUCCUGAAAAAUGGCUUGACCAAUUCUCAUGAAAUUUUGUGAGCAUAUUGAGUUGGUCUGAGAAUCGGCCAACAUCCAUUUUUCAUACCUCUUUGUGGUAAGGGUUGUCCAUGCCUAACAUUUUUUUUUAGCUAGAAAUUACUUAAAUAUAUUUAUGUUAGUCUAAGAUCCGGCUGCAAAAUCACUACGUUCAUCGCGUAGUUAAUCAAACUCACAUUUUAACAUACAUUUAUGAAUAGGAUAAUACAUAGAUAAUAGGGUGCCAGUCAAUAAGUGGCCGCAAGUAAUUUUAAUUAAAUUAAUGUUAAUUAAUUUUCCAAAAAAAAUUUCGUUCACUUGUUUUUUAAAUAAAAUAUCAUCCACAUCAUAGAAAUGUAUGUAAAGAAUUCGAAAAUCAAUGGGUGCCGUUACACACUCGGCCGCAACUACUACGCAGCCAGGUGUAAACAGGUAAUAUUUUGGUCUAUUUAUACGUUCAUGUCGUACACGCAUGUUUUUUA